UUCCACCUCUAAUCAAAGAUAGCUUUUCUAUGCGCAUUCUAUGGAUUCAACCAUGUGAUGCCAAUUGUUCGAAAGUGGGUAAAAGGACCUAUGUGGAUGCAUUUCCUUAUCGGUGCACCACCUGUAAUAGUGUUCUCUUCAGCCUGUGCUGGUUUAGCAGGUGGUGCUGUUCCAGCGCUAGCCCAACUUGCUUCAUCUUCUUACCAUGCAGCAGUGUCAUCUCCAUCUCUACCUCCUCAUUCACAGGAUCAAAAGAUGCAUGGCUCCAGAAAUUCCUCUACUUUGUGAGAGACACACAACACGUAUACAUGCAGAGGUGUGGAUACAGAGAUCUACUUAUGGAUAUGCUUGCUACUGUGCUCACCGUGCACAAGAGGCUUUAUAAGCUUUGAUGACAUGCUAUAGGCUAUAGGCAAAUUAGUAUCAGUUCAUUAUGUAAUUCUUUGCUGUUGAUAUCUACUUAUUUAUAUUAUCUGCAGUUUGUAAUGUGAUGAAAUUUGCAUUUCCAAGUUUUGAUCCAUGUAAAUUGCAAUCGGCUUGCACUGCUUUAACUCUCUA